GUUUGUAGCAGAUACGCGGGACAGCAAGACUCGGACCACAAUACUCCCGACAGACCACGCGAAGGGCACGAGAGUCGUGCGUCGCUAGUUUUUUGACAGUGACGGUGGAUUUGUUUGUUGUUCCAAAAAACAUGGAUACUGCGCAAAGUGCAUGCAACGCGUCCGUCAUCCUGCAAGAGUGCGCGCAAGCGCCCAAGACGAAGGUGCUGAAAAGACAGCGCUCCAGCUCACCGGAGCUUUUGCGCUGCAAGCGGAGACUCACGUUCAACGGGCUGGGAUACACCAUCCCGCAGCAGCAGCCUGUCGCGGUGGCGCGACGCAACGAACGCGAGAGGAACCGCGUCAAACAGGUCAAUAUGGGAUUCCAGACGCUGCGCCAGCACGUCCCGAACGGCGCGGCCAAUAAGAAGAUGAGCAAAGUGGAGACGCUCCGGUCGGCGGUGGAGUACAUCCGCGCGUUGCAGCAGCUGCUGGACGAGCACGACGCGAUUUCAGCCGCGUUCCAGUGCGGCGUUCCGUCACCGACGCUCUCGAACGCCUACUCGGCCGAUCCCGAGUCGCCACACUCCUCCUAUUCGUCCGAUGAAGGGAGUUACGAGCACCUGAGCUCUGAAGACCAAGAGCUGCUGGACUUCACAACUUGGUUUGAUCGCUACUGAUGAGAUUUUACAAGGGACUGCUGGAAAACCCAGUUUAUGUGUGUUUUGGAACAUGGUCGCUGGUCCUGCUAGAAUCCAGCGACUGAGUUCCAAGCGAACCUGGACUCCCGUAAACUUCACAGAUGCUGCUUUGUUGACUGGACGGGCAGCAGUCUGGGACGCUGUGGCUUAAGCUGGAAAAGGUUGUAGGUUCAAACCCCAGUGGGGUCCAUGAGCUUCUACAAUUGCAAAACAAGUCAAGACUGCUGGAUGAACAUUUCAUAAGUGCAAUUGUGGGCAUGAUAUGUUGAUGCAACUAAUGCCGUUGUCCAUCUUCCCUAAGAAUGUCAAGCUAAUGGGAAUAUUGAUGAUUACCUACAACCAACUACCGGGUCUGCUUAAGGACCUACGUUGAAAUUUGUACUAUAACUUUUUGUAUUGUUAAAGAUGAAGAUAUAUUUUUGUAAGUGGAGCACAACAGCCUCUUUGAUGACAGUGAACGCUGUUAGAUUGUUGUAAUGAUAAUAAUAACCGUUCCGUUUAGAUCAAAGUUGUUUUUAACACUGGAGAAGAGUUGAUCUGUCGAUCUGUAUUUAUCAAAAUUUUAUCGUCUAGAUGUAGUUCUUCCUGUGAAAGCGUACAUGGCGGACUUUUUCAAUGCACUUGUCCAUUUUUAGUAGUGUACAUAAAUGAUUUUAACAAAUAUAUUUUGUGCAAAUGUUUUUAUAAA